UGGGAAAUUUUUUUAUUUUUUUUAAUCAUGGAAAUUCCCACUCUCUCCUUCUCUUUAUAUAUAUAAAAAGAUGUUCAUCUCUCAUCUCUCUUACAGGUGCUUACAUUCAUUUCCAGCAUCUUUUGUUCAGUACAUCGCGGAGAAUAGUAGUUUCUUCCUUCCAAUGGAGAAUUACGUUUCCAGAGGGAGGGAUACAGGCCAUAAUCGUAAUUUCCGGAUGAAUUCAGGCCAGAAUCGCCAGUUUCGGCAAGCCGGUGGGCUCCAGACCGGCGCGCAGAUGGCAGCCGCCCAUAUGCAGAAUUCGGACCGGGAUCGAUCGUUCCGUGACGCGGCCACGGACCACUCGGCGGGAAAGAAAAUUCUUUAUCUUUUGCUUCAGUACAUCGCGGAGAACAGUAGUUUCUUCGUUCAAACGCAGAAUCACGCUUCCAGAGGCUCUAGAGGGAGCGGCAGACACCAAUCAGAAUACCCACAUCAGACGCGUAAUUUCAGGCAGAAUUCAGGCCAGAAUCGCCAGCGUCGAGAAACCGGUGGGCCCCAGCCAGCCGCGCCGACGGCGGCCGCACAUGUGCAGAAUUCGGGCCGGGGUCGAUCAUUCCGUGAUCCGGCCACGCGCCACUCGGCGAAUCCUAGAGGGAAUGGCGGCGAUGGUGGAGGCUCAGGACGAGGCGGCAGAGAUGGGGCCCACUAUGUGGCCCGCCAACCGAGUUCGGAACCUGUUGCGACGACUACCGCAAUCGCCACAUCAGGACGUGCAAACCGAGCCGCUAUCAAUUCAUCUUCGAUAGUCUUCAGAGGAUCAUCUACAACCUCUGUUACACCAAUCCCCGGAGCACCUAACCAAUAUGGCUGGUCUCACCACUGCUCUGCGCUUUUCUCUUGGCGUAUGGGGUCGGUAGUAGGUGGAAUUCAGUGUCUUCUCGUUACUGCCAUCAGCAUCAUCUUCUUCUUCUUCUUCUUUGUUCAAUGAGAUUGGUAACCUUCUGGAGGUGUAUGAUGAUCUCAAGAAUCGUAUGAAUUUCGGUUGAUAACCGUUGGUUUAGAGUACUGCCUUUCAGGCCAUGUUCGGAUGGACCAUCUCCCAAAAACUGUCCAGAAUAUUGGUAUUUGGAAGAUCCCAGCUACCAAUCUUGGGCCCCAGUUCUUCUCUCUCUCUCUCU